AUGGCUCCAGUGUUCACUUUGGCGCGAUCUCUCCGGAGCGUGAUCACGACUACGGCCGAUGUCGUUACUGCUGCUGAUGGCACUUCGGGAUCAGUAGAUGGCCCUCUUGGAGAGGCUCGUCGUGUCUUUGCUAGAGACGAAAAACACACCCCAACUACAGAUCCUUCGCACGGUGUGUUGGAUCCUCAUGAUAUAAGCAACGUUGGGUUUUUUGUUCUAUUUGCCCUCAUCGGUGUGGCUUUCGUUGUUACGGGAAUUUGGUUCUUCUUUUGGGCUAAGAAUGGCGGCUUCCACUUCAAAGAAAAUGACUGGGAAGAAUACAAGUCGACAGUUUUGAGACGGAAGGGUCCCAACGGCACGCUUCUGUCUGGGGCCACACGGUCCACGAAUCUUGGGGGCGGGAGCGUAUACAAGGAUGUGGCAGACGACGAUGGCACUACGGUGGUUACAGAGAGCACGGCACUGAGCGGUGUCACAGCUGGUGCUAGCGAUAUUGCGGCCAGGGAAAAGCGUAGGAUGAAGCAGGAUCAGAGAGACAGGGAACGCCGCAAGAGGCGGGGCGAGAAGCGCAGUUCAAAGCGUCACGUUGGCAACGAAGGCGUGACUGAUGAGAUGGCUGAGAAGGAAGCCAAGAAGGAGCUGCGUAGCUACCGACACGAGAAGCCAGCCCGUGUUGGCGGGUUGAAUAAGGAGUCGGAGGGUUCACAAUGGGACGGCUCGACCAACCCUACGGACUCGACUGUUUCAUCUGAACUGCUUUCCAAUCGCCAAACUACGCCGACCACAACUCCUACCAAGAAGCCUGCGGCCAUUCGGAAGGUGUACUCUACGGCUGACCGCAACGCUGAGCGAGAGUCAGAACGUAUCCGUGCCGAAGCUCGGCGCCUGAGGGACGAGAGCAGAGUUUCACGACGGGACUUCAGCUACAAUCGACCUGGAGCCUCGGAGAGCAACGCCAGUGAAAGCUUGUUGGAGGGAAGUGACUUGGGCGUGAGGCCACACCACUCGCCCGAUUCCAGAGCUUAUAGAGAGCAGCAGCGUGAGGAGAGAAGAGCCAGACGUGGUGGCUACAGACGUGGAAGGACGGAGGAUGAUGGCUUGUAA